CUCAAAACCGGAAGUCCCAUGCUUUCUCUAGUUUCAGUUUCAAUUUGACUACCCUGGGGAGCUGAUAAUUGUUUGUAUUUUAAAAAAUGUUAAGACUUACCAUACUUACUUAGCAUCAACCAGCUACUGAAAAUGGAAUUGACGACAAGGAAUAAACUACUUCUUCUGAUUGGUGCACCUACUACAUUACUACUAGGUUACUGGUUAUUAAGCAGUGCAGACGAUGACGAUGAAGAAGAAGAAACUGCAGAAAAGAUGGCCACCUCUCGACAAACAGUUAUUGAUGUAAAAGUUCCACCGAAAGCUGUAGGAGCUGUUAUUGGUAGACAGGGAGCUAUGAUUAAGGAGAUUCAACAGAUAUCUGGAGCCAGAGUUAAUUUCACAGAUAACAAGAGAGAUUCUCAGGAAGAAAGGGGAGUUGUUAUCAGAGGGACACCUGAAGCUGCUCAGAUGGCAGAAAAUAUGAUCAGAAAAAUCAUUGGAGAACUUCCUGUUAUUGUUACUGAAGAAAUGGUGGUUCCGGGAAAAUGUCUUGGCAGAAUUAUAGGUAGAAAUGGGGACACUAUUCGUCAGAUGUCACGAACUUCUAAAGCCAAAGUUUACGUUGACAGAACAUGUGAUGAUUAUAGAGAAUCUGAGAGAACUGUUACCAUUACUGGUACUAAAGAAAACAUAGAGCUGGCUAAGUCUAUGAUACAAGAAAAGAUAGAUGAUGAGGAAUUAUUCAGAGCCAAGAAAGCUGUAAUGGAGGCCAAUAGAGAACAAAGACUAAAACCAAAACAACACGUACAAGACAAGCAGACGGAAGGAAGGACAGACAUGUCUUCUAGUAACCAUGAUCAAGCCAAUGGAGUCCCAGAGCCCACUGAACUCCCACAGGUCCACCCAGCAGUAAGAGGAUGGCCCGCAGGCAGGGACUAUAUUGAGGUCUAUGUGUCCGCUGUGGCUAACCCAGGACUGUUCUGGGUCCAGGUUUUAUCUUCGAUGUCAGUGGAACUAGAUAACCUAGUAGAUAGAAUCACUUCAUUUUAUACCUCAGAAAUGCCACAGGGUUACGAUGUAUCAAACCCAUCAACAGGAGAUCUGGUAGCUGCACCAUUUGAGAAUGAUACCUCAUGGUAUAGAGCCAAGGUGAUGGGGGUAGAGGGAGACACUUUAGAUCUGUUGUAUGUUGAUUAUGGAGACAGUGGUUAUCUCCCCUUCAACAAGGUUCGAAGACUGAGAUCUGAAUUUGAGGCCUUGCCAUUCCAAGCUAUAGAGUGUAAUCUGGCUCAUGUCAAACCUGUUGGUGACACAUGGAGUGAGGACUCGAUAGAGGUAUUUGAUGAGUUGACCUAUGCUGCAAAAUGGAGAGUUUUAAUGGCCAAGAAAAUAAACCAUCACCAAUCUACCAGUGGUAUUAUACCAGUAUUAGAACUUAUGGACACUAAUACAGAUCAGGAUGUUAAUAUUGCUCAAGAAAUGGUGAAACGUGGAUAUGCAGUGUGGGAUGAGUCAGAAAUGUCUUGAUUGAAAUUAAACCUACCAAUCAUGCCAGACAAACAAGGGGAGAGAAUUGUAGCGAAGGAGAAUGUUUAUGAACAUUUUAACUGAAAUAUAUGAUUGUCAUCAAAUGAUUUUAAGUAUUAAUACAGCAUUUUGUUGUUGGUGCUAAAUGUUUUUACAUAGAUGAUGUAACUGUUUAUAACUGUUUUGAUACAAAUGUUAGUUAAUUUGUUUUGAAGCUUGUAAUAUAAAACAAUUAGGACACAAAUACAAAUAUAUACUGUAAACCAACUUAUUUUCAGGGAUACUUUGUUUUGCAUAUAGCCCUUUGUAGCACACAACACUGUGAUUUGAUUUCAUGAUUUUCACAUUUACUUGAUGUAGUUAAAUAUGGAAAAACUCAAAUUAAAAAAAAAUUUUAGACAAUUUUUAUUCACAUUAUAUUUCUACUUGUGAAAUUUCAAAAAUUUAUUGGUUUACAGUAUGCAUCUGAGAUAUGAAAUUAUCAUUAAUUUGAUCCUCCCCAUUUUGGUAUGUCUGUUGCCUGUAAGACAUUUGUGUUAUGUUUUAAUAUCCACAUAAUCAACACUUCUGAUAAGAUCUA